UGCGAGUUCUGCAAAUCCACGCUGAGAGGGACGUCUAUAUGAAUGGAAAUCUUUGGAGGUUCUUGUGCUUGGGCACGUAAUGGCAUCCACAACAUCUGAGAGCGAUGCUUUGGGAGUUCAGGUUAAGUCCAAACUGGAUUCCCUUAGUCGAGAUGACUUGAUCCGCUUUGUGAAGAAGCAAUUAGAGCAUGUCCGUUUAUCAAAAGUGAAAGUGGACACCCUGCAAAAACUGCUCGAGGAAAAAGAUACCACUAUUAGUGAACUCGAAUGUGAAGUAGCUACAUUGAAAGAGUCGACCCCAUCCAAACCCGACGUUAUGCGCCUUAAUGCUUCUCCAAAUGAGAGCGAGGAGCGCAUUCUCAUUGACAAUGAGCAACUAUUGGAGGAGAAUUCCGAACUGAAAACCGAAAUCGCUUUGUUGAAAAAAGAGCGGAUUCGCAUCGAUGAAGACCUCGCUGCUGCCCUUGCUUCCAAUAGCGAGCUACGCUCCAAGCUUGAUGAUGCUGUACAAGAAGCGGUUGCUCUUAAGGAGCAACAGACAGCCACUGACGUGUUCUCGUUGGAACUGAAGGACUACGAGAGAAAGAUGGUCCAGCUCAGCAAGUCUUUGAAGGAAGCCCAGUGCGCUUUGGAAUCUGCUACUGCCGAAAAGAAAGAGCUUAGCGAGCAGCUUUGCGCUCACAAGGAUUCGUCAGUUCGUGUAAGCAGUGAGUGCUCCACUCUCAUGGCACAAUUGCAGGAAGCCAAGCAAGAGCUAGGCGAUGAACAGCAACGCACAGCCAGCUUACAAACUUCGCUUGAUCGCCUUCAAGAUAAUUUCAAUGUCUUGGCAGCUGCUAGAAAUGAUGAGCGGUUGGCGUUUGAGGAGAAAAUUGUGCAGAAUGAAAUGCUUGUGGAAAUGCUGCGAAAGAAUCACGAACAAAAACAGAAUGAAUUGCGAAUUGCCAUUAACGAAAGGGAUUUACUGAAAGCUCGACUCGAAGAGUUAGAGAAUGACUAUGAGUCAUACAAGUCUCGUGCUCGCUACGUCUUGGAGCAAAGAGCGCAGAGCUCGAACGAACAGGUAAAUCAAAAUAUAGAUUUCAAUGCUGCAAACGAUGCCAUAUCCGAUCUCAAACGUGCACUACAGCUUUUGCGAUUCGCUCAUGAUGAAGCUCUUAGACUUGCACGCAAAGAUCGUGUACUGCGAGAAAAAGCUGAAUCAAGCGCUCGUUCAGCCAAAGCUGAAAUAGUAGAAAUCUACGAUCAUAUGGCGAUUGUACGCGAAGAGUUGUUCAAUAGCAGAACGGAACUGAGAGAUCGUAACGAAGAAUGCGCCCAGUACCAGAAACAAAUUUCUGAUUUGGAAAAAAGGGUGCAAGAUGAGAAUAGAGAAAACUUGCAGAUUAUAAAAAAGCUGAAGGAAGAUAUAGCCAAGCGAGAAAGUGUCGAAAACACUUUGACCGAUGAAGUGCAGAAUGCCAAGAAGCGCUAUCAGAAGGCCAUGAACUUGCUUGAAGAAUGGAAAAACUUAAGUUCUCGUCCUGCUUCUACUGACAUUCCCCAGGCAAGCACUGAGGGGCGACAAAGUGAUCAUCAACAGUCACAACUCGAGACGCUCAAGACGCCGUCUUAUGGUGUUUUAGAACUUCAACAGGAGGAAACGCUUGAAGACGUUCUUUUUGGUGAUGUGGGUUCUCCUGAGCUUUAUUCCGAAGAAACACCUGUUGUGUCAAUUUCGGCACUGCUGGAGGAGAUGAAGCACUUGAAGAAGAAUCUGCUGCAUGCUCAGGAACUGUUAAGUGAAACUGAGGCGACAAACGCUACUCUAAUGGAUCAGAGUCGUUUACUGAAAGAAGAGAUCCGUCGUCUCCAGAGGAACGAAGAACGUCUCAGCCACGUGGAAAACACCGAGUAUCUAAAAAAUAUUAUCAUCAAGUUCCUCAGUCCGGAACGCGUCUCAGGCGAACGCCAGCAGUUGAUUCCGAUUCUAAGCACUAUGCUACAGUUAUCUCCCGAUGAGAUUGACAAUCUCAAUCGCUCUGCUGCCCAGGAUGAUGCUGUACCACCGCGCGACUCUGAAAAUUCGUGGGGAUCGUUGCUCCGCUGGGGUCGCCUCAACUGAGUUGUGCUCUUUGUCUGUACAAUGUGCCUGGAAAAUUUCCUCUGCAUCUUCCACACCUACCAAGACUGAUUUUCUGUGAUUGAGUAUUUGCUGUCUUGUGAUGCAUCAACGCUUGUUCGCCGAUACCGUAAUUUCCUGUGGAUGUCACUUAUCAUUUCGAGUUCUAUUUAUUGUGUUAUGUUCCAUAAAACCUCGAAUUCAUUGUUUUGAGCUUGAUGCAAAUUUUUUUUACAAACGGGAUAAGAUUGUACAUAAAUAAAGAAUUCUAUCAAU